AUGGCUGAUGCUGAGGAUAUUCAACCCCUUGUGUGUGACAAUGGAACUGGAAUGGUGAAGGCUGGAUUUGCUGGUGAUGAUGCACCUAGGGCUGUGUUUCCAAGUAUUGUUGGCCGACCUCGUCAUACUGGUGUUAUGGUUGGGAUGGGUCAGAAGGAUGCCUAUGUAGGUGAUGAAGCCCAAUCUAAAAGAGGUAUUCUUACUCUUAAGUACCCCAUUGAGCACGGUAUAGUUAGUAACUGGGAUGACAUGGAAAAGAUCUGGCAUCACACAUUUUACAAUGAAUUGCGUGUUGCUCCUGAGGAGCACCCAGUGCUUCUAACUGAGGCUCCAUUGAACCCAAAGGCCAACAGAGAAAAGAUGACCCAGAUUAUGUUUGAGACCUUCAACGUACCUGCCAUGUAUGUGGCCAUUCAGGCUGUCCUCUCCCUCUAUGCGAGUGGUCGUACAACUGGUAUUGUGUUGGAUUCUGGUGAUGGUGUGAGUCAUACCGUGCCAAUCUAUGAGGGUUAUGCACUCCCCCACGCCAUCCUUCGUUUGGAUCUGGCUGGUCGUGAUCUAACUGAAUCUUUGAUGAAGAUCCUCACUGAGAGAGGGUAUAUGUUCACCACUUCAGCUGAGCGGGAAAUUGUCCGUGACAUAAAAGAGAAGCUUGCCUAUGUUGCUGUGGAUUAUGAACAAGAACUUGAAACUGCAAAGAGCAGUUCUUCUAUUGAGAAAAACUAUGAGCUUCCUGAUGGACAAGUUAUCACAAUUGGAGCUGAGAGGUUCCGUUGUCCAGAAGUCCUUUUCCAGCCAUCUAUGAUUGGAAUGGAAGCUGCUGGAAUUCAUGAGACCACUUACAACUCUAUAAUGAAGUGUGAUGUUGAUAUCAGAAAGGAUCUGUAUGGAAACAUUGUUCUUAGUGGUGGUUCCACUAUGUUUCCUGGUAUUGCUGACCGAAUGAGUAAGGAGAUCACUGCCCUGGCUCCUAGCAGCAUGAAGAUUAAGGUUGUGGCUCCACCAGAGAGAAAGUACAGUGUCUGGAUUGGAGGAUCUAUCCUUGCAUCCCUCAGUACCUUCCAGCAGAUGUGGAUAUCUAAGGGUGAAUACGAUGAGUCUGGCCCAUCCAUUGUCCACAGAAAAUGCUUCUAA